GUGCGCGCGUGCGCAAUGCGGAGGGACGCCGGCCGUCGCCACGGAAACGCCCGCCAGGUGACAUACAAAUGGUUGAGCUAUACAUUAGGUGUUCACGUCAACCAAGCCAAGCAGAUGUUAUAUGAAUAUGUGGAAAGAAAACGGAAGGAGAAUUCUGGAGCCCAGUUGCAUGUCACCUAUCUGGUGGCAGGAAACCUCAUCCAGAAUGGACACAUAGGCCACAAGGUUGCAGUAGUGAAAGAAGAUGAGCUAGAUGCCAUGAAGUCAAAGCUCUCCACGGUGGCCAGCGUACAUGUUUACAGCGUCCAGAAAGCCAUGCUGAAGGACAGCAGCCCGCUCUAUAGCACCGACUACGAUAUUAUCAAAGCGAACCUGCAGAAAUGCAGCCAGUUUAGUGCCAUUCACUGUGCUGCUGCCGUGGCCAGGACGGCGGCUGAAAUGCCCCAGCCUGAACCCCCUGCACAGGUGGAUUCUCAGCCGACACGUAGCACCAGUGCGGCCGCGGCUCCCGUGACGAAUGGACAUGCCCCAAGCACAUCUUCCAAGCACACCUCCCAGCAAGCCAGUGGCAUUAUGGGAAUGUUUGCCGCUAAAUCGGCUACCAAAUCCCAGGACAAGCACAAAGAAGCUGAAGCGGAGGCGAAAGAGGCACCGAGUGUCCCCGCGACCAGCAGCAAGGCACCCGCUAAAGGAAACGUGUUGAACAACUUCUUUGGAAAGGCUGCUCUGAGCACAGGGAAAGGCCGCUCCGAGUCUCAGCAGCAAAGGGAGGAGAAGGUGGCAGCUUCUUCAGUGGAACCCAGAAUGUCCUCUGAUGCUCCAGAUCUUGAGAGACCCAGAAAAAAGGCUGAACUUUCCAAAGUCCACCAGAAGGAAAAGAAAAGAGCAAAGAGGGUGGAGAGGUCAGACAGUGAGGAGAAAGAGGCUGAGACUCUGAAGAAGAAGAGACGUCGAAUCAAACAACCUGAAUCUGACAGCAGCAAUAGUGAGGAGGUUCCAGAAUCACCUCUCGCUCCUGAAGUGAAAGACGUUUCUCCUGAGCCAGAGCCAGCCUUGAAACCGUCUGCAGACGCCGUGGGUCGAGAGACUUCCUCGGGAGAAAAGAAGCGGAAACGUAAGCGGGUCCUGAAGUCCCGAACCUUUGUGGACGAAGAGGGCUGCAUAGUGACUGAGAAGGUUUACGAGAGUGAGUCCUGUACAGACAGUGAAGAGGAAUUCCGGUCCAAGCCCCCGCCGGCUCACAAGCCCCCCGUGUCCCACCACCCUUCCCUCGGGGCUGCCAAAAAAGACUCCAAAGAGGAGAAGAAAGCCAGCAAAAGGGGGGCAGCCGCCCCCAGAGCCAACCGGCAAGCCUCCAUCAUGGGCUUUUUCCAGAAGAAAUGAGCCUCAGCAGCCACGCGGUGCGCAGAAACGGCGAUCUUGAAGCCCCUACGGAUUGUGGAAGUGAGCUCUCUGGAAGUGGCCUGUGGAGCAUGGGCUCGCCGGUGACAAGCCUUUCCUGCUGAACUGUGUCAGAGGCCGCUGCUGGAGAGGAGAGAGCCUUAAAUCUCUGGGAACUGGCAGCACAGAGGCCUUUUAAAUGUGAGAUCUGUAUUUCACAUGGUAUGUUUUUGUAUUUUUUUUAAGACUGACCUUUUUUGAACCCUCUUGUCUUGGACAAACUCCACGGCUUCUCUCCUUAAGUCUGACCCAUCAGAUGUAGUUCAACAUCCCCACAAACAUAGGUCAGCCCCACCCAUCCCAUACUUAAGCCCUUUCCUUUCAAUGGCGGUCGGUUCAGAAUCCUUGACGGAGGAGCCUGCAGCGUGAGCUUAAGUUCACCCAAGUGCAUCCCAGAAAGAAGGCAGAACACUGAGGCAGGAUGUUCCACAGGACAUUUCCAACAGCCUCCCUGAGUGAGACAAGUGCAAACUCCACCCCCGCCUCCCCUGGGCAGAAGGAGGCAGAGCCACUCCUUUUCCAAAAGCUAAAAGACCUUCCGUGAGCGGGCUGUUCUUCAGCGGCCUUUCCCCGGGCUGCUGGAGGCAACACAGCCCCACCAUUUUGAGACCUCUCAGUGCCCAGCUCCUACCAAUCAGUGGCCUGGCCCUCAUCUUCUGUGUUGUAAAAAUGAUGUGUGGCCGCUUUUGGGGGAGGGAGGAGCUGACCUGCCCAAAACUUCCUGUUUUAAUAAAUUCAGUGUUGGCUACAUGGGGUUGCAGCCGCUAGCAAGGCCAGGGGCCAACCCACCCCCUUGGCCUGUUCCCCAAAUAAAGGGCGACGGACAGUCGCUAAACAGUACAAGCGUAACCCAUUGAAAAGACCUUGAGGGGUGACAGAAGCUGCCAACUGCAGCGGCAUUGAAUGGAGGCAGCAGAUUCCUGCAGCAAGAAACUUUUCAGAGACCUGGUCCCCCGUGCGAGGGGGUAUCCUCUUUGGGAUCGCGAGCCCCACUCGGCUGUGUCUGAGAUGACUUUUGCAACGCCUGUGUCCUGCUUUUGCCCAAAACUGUGUUCCACGCAGCCCCGUAUUUAGCAGGGAGCCUGUCCGAUUUCACACACGCCUGGGCGUGCCUGGUUGCUCCCGACCAUCAUCUCUUUUCCUUCCCCUCACAGAGAAGCCACUUGGUAACGAGAAAUGAGCCGUGAGCAUCUCUGUGUGGGUGGUUCCUGCUCAAAAGAGGUCCUGUUGGAAACACGUGUUCUCUUUGACCUCUGUGUGUUCUCAGCUGGUGGUGACACAUGAACGUUGGUUCACCAUCCCACCUCUUCCUUGUUCAUUGACUCUUGUCUUUCCCUCCUUGAUGAAUCGCCAGAAUGGGAUGGCAUUGUUUAAAUUCCUCAUUUCCUCAGAGGUUAACUGAGCUAGGAAAGGAGAGGAGGAGCAGGAUGGAGGCAGCUGUGGCACAACAUGGUCUUUGUGUGUACGGGAGCCUCUCUCCUAGCCACCCCCUGGGGUUGGCUUAGCUCAGCCUGUGGAGUCGUGUCGUGUUCUGCCUCUUCGCUUCAGGCAUACCCAAAAGACAGCCGCCUCGUAAGGGGUUUGCAGGUAGAGGUCCUCCAAAGUUGAAUUGGUUUGAAUGCUGGUGGCAACUUCUUAAAGCGGUUUCGUUUGCCUGUUAGAGGGCUUGAAGGUCAACGGUGAAACAAUUUCCAAAUUGGCGAAUCGGUUGGAGCCCAUUGCCUGAAAUCUGAAAAAAAAAUCACCACUUUGCCAAUGUGAGAAAGAGUGUUCCAGCCCAAAGCUUGGAAGAGUUCAGUUUGCUGCAUCCUCCAACUAGCCGAUUCAAGGUGUUUUACCCUUUAAAAGUUCAAUGUCCAGCCUUUGCGACGGAGGACUGUUGGCCCUCUUAAGUGCCGCUGACGCUCAACUCCACCUUUCUAGCCGAAGCUUUCCCCAAGCCCAUGGGGUAAGGUUGAGUCAAUGCAGAGCGCAGUCCAACAGCUGAAUAGGGUGAUUGGGGGUUCCUUUUUAAAGAGGUGGCCUCCAUUGGAAACCUUAGUUUGGCUCUUUGCCAUUGCCUACUUCCCCCUUUCCCCCACCCCUCCUUGGGCAUCUUCUUUUUUGUAUCUUCAGAAGUUUAAAUUUAGAGUGGGGUAGGGAUACCAAAUAAAGACAUGUUCUUCUCAUA